GAGCUUGCAUUUUGUGACGUGUGAGGCCUACCUACCGUAUCAAAAACCUCCUAUUUUCAAAGUUUGCUUUAAGAACGUCGAGCAUUUUCAAAUCAGCCUUUACCUAGAUAUCCAGCAUUUGCGGAUCAAGCUCAUUUCACUUCUGACGAUUCUAAAAUGUUUUAGACUGUUAUAAUAACAUAUAUCGUCCGGAAUUGGCAAUUUUACCAUCAAUAUGGUUCGGAAUCACUUAUUUGCUUUGCUACUGUUGUUCCUUGCCAGAUGCCGUUCUCAAAGUACUUUAAACGACGUCCCCCGUGGACACUAUGGGUUCAACAUGUUCGAGCGCGCGGUGAGAGAAGGCCGGUGUACCUACACCUUCAUAGUCCCUGAAGACGACAGGAUGUGCCCGUCAGACCCAGCCAUAGACAUGCGGAUCAACUACCUGGAACUCGCACGAGAACAGCAGCAGAAAAAGUCCAACGAGAACUCGAGGAGGAUUGAGAAGAUGGAGAAGAUGGCGGAGGAGCAGGGUAAAUUGCUGAUGGAGCUACAGUGGCGAGUCGGCAACACUUCGGCUUCCGGAGGGAUCGCUCGGCAGGCCGACGAGGUGUCGAGGAUUACCGAAGACCGUAGUUCGGCGACGUCGAGAUUCGUAGGUUGUGCCGGUAUGUACCGGCAGGGUGUCACUGUGAACGGACGGUACACGGUACAGCUGGGCACUACGUCAUUUCCGGUGUACUGCGACAUGGUCGACAGCGGCGGAGGUUGGACUGUUAUCCAUCGUCGUCUGAACGGCUCCGUCGACUUUUUCCGGAACUGGGGCGACUACCGACGGGGCUUCGGCAACGUUCGGGGCGAGUUCUGGUUGGGCAACGAAAAGAUCCGACUGCUGACGUCACAGCAGCCUCACGAGCUGCAGGUGACCCUAACGGACUGGGACGAUAGACGUGCCCAUGCGCAGUACGCCUACUUUCACAUGGAACCAGAAAGUGACAAGUAUAUUCUAAGGCUUGGAUGGUAUAGUGGCAAUGCAGGAGACGCGCUAAGUUACCACAACGGCCGGCCCUUCAGCACGACCGACCGGGACAACGACUCGGACCCCAGCGCAUGUGCAGACCGGUUCCGCGGUGGCUGGUGGUACGGCAGCUGUCACCAUAGCAACCUGAAUGGACUGUACCAUCCUCGGGGGAAGCACGUCGGCAGGGGGGACGGGAUCGAGUGGAUACAGUGGAAGGGCAUGUUCUAUUCCGUCAAGAGUGCCGAAAUGAAAAUACGACCCGCCAACUUUGCCCACUGCUAGAAAAAAUAUAAAACAUUAAUUUAUCUUGA